AUGGAUCCUAGAAAUUUUUUUGAGGAUUCUCAAAAUUUCUCAAACUCGCAAGAUUAUUAUCCUAAUCUUGAUAAUAUUGAUAGCCAAGUUUUUGGAUCUGGUUCAAACCCUCAAUUUCCAUAUGAUCUCACUCGUGAAAGAAGAUCUUGCUUGUCUACUAAAAAUUGCCCUACUGCAUGGGCUGGGCAAUAUACAAGAAGAAGCGGUAAGACAAUAAUCAUCUUGGAAGCAGUCGCAUCUCAAGACCUAUGGAUCUGGCACGCAUUUUUUGGAACUCCAGGUUCAAGAAAUGAUAUCAAUGUGCUUCACCAAUCGCCUGUUUUCAAAGAUAUAUUGGAAGGUCGAGCACCAAAGGUUAGUUAUGUGGUAAAUGGGCAUGAAAAAGAUAUGGGAUAUUAUCUCACUGAUGGUAUAUAUCCUUCAUGGGCAGCAUUUGUCAAAUCUGUUAAUGGUCCACAAACUCGAAAACAUCAACUGUUUGCUCAACAUCAAGAGGCUGCUCGAAAAGAUGUUGAGCGUGCAUUUGGAGUUUUACAAGCUCGUUUCAAUUUUAUCAAACGACCAUGUCUCAUGUGGGAUCGUGAUAUGAUGGGAAAAGUAAUGCUUGCUUGCAUUAUUAUGCACAAUAUGAUAGUGGAAGACGAGCGACAUACUUACCUAAAUUACUGUGAUCCAACAGAAUUUAUGGAAGUUAGAAGGUUCAAUAGCCAAAGUGAAGAUGUUGAAGCUAAUGAUGAUCCUAAUUUUGAAUUUUCCACGGAACGGAUUGCAAGUCUAGCAAGCUAUAUGAGGAACAGGACACAACUUCGUAACAGGGAAGCUCACAAUGCUCUAAAAAAUGACUUGAUCGAACACAUUUGGCAAAAGUUUGGCGAUGAUAAUUAA